CCACCUCCUCCCCUCGAAAAAGAUAAAUCGCCUCCUUCCUUCAAUUCCUGGAUAUAAAAAGUUCCAACAUAGAGAAACCCAUAUAGAUGCAGUUGUAAAACAAUUCAGUUUGAUUAUUGUCUUUGGGCUUGGAUUUCGGUUUACUGUUAUUGGGUAUUUGGGUUCUGAGUUCGCCGCUGAAUAUGUCGUCUUCGUCGGAACUUACCGGGCAAAAACCGGCCAGGUUGCCUGAGAAACCGAGCUUUGCUCAGACUUGUAAUUUGUUGAGUCAGUACUUGAAGGAGAAAGUCAAUAUCCGAGAUCUUACACUCGGAAUGACAUGCAACGUUGAACCAAACGGCAGUCCAUCCAUUGCGCGACAGCCAACGGUAACAACCAUGAAUUUGUUUCCUGUUAAUGAGAAAGCGGGUGAUAUUUCUGUCCCGAACCUUGCAGCGGCUCCCCGGAACAUGAAAUCCAUGGAUUUGUUCCCGCAACAGGCUGGAUUUGAAUUUCCAUUGGUUAAGGAUGAUGGUCUGAAGAUGGCUGGUGCCGGGAGUGCUAAGUUGGAGCAGCCUCAAACUGCACAGAUGACUAUAUUUUAUGGCGGACAAGUGAUUGUUUUCAAUGAUUUUCCGGCUGAUAAGGCCAAGGAAAUCAUGGAACUAGCAGGUCAGGGAGGCUCUCAGACACAGAGCAACAACAGCUUCCCUACCAAUCUGGCCAAAAGCAGUCCUGUUGAAUCAAGUAAUGGAAUUCCUCCAGCCUCAAAUGUCGUUCCUAGUUUUGACAACAAUAUGAAGCAGGACACCAUUCAGCCGGGUCCUUCUCAACCUGUUGUUUGCAAUCUGCCAAUUGCAAGGAGAGCUUCCCUUCACCGCUUCCUUGAGAAGAGAAAAGAUAGGUAGACAUCUACGACACAUUAGUUUUCAUUUGUUUUGUUCGAACCAUCUAAAGAAAUAUGUCAGGAUCUAUUGGUUCCAACAUUAGUGUUGAUUCUUUUACACCAUAAAGCAUUGCAUGUAUUGAUUCAAGCAGAAUCAUUUUUAUGACAAAAAGUGGGUGUUCUCUCAUUCAAAAUCAUGGGUCAAACUAGUUUUGUGCUUUGAGUUGAUGUAUUGAUAUUUCCUAUGUUUUAUGAUGAAAAAUUUUCAGGAUCACCACAAAAGCACCAUACCAGACUGGAGCACCUCCUUCCAAGCCAGCAGACGGCAAGGCAUGGCUCGGUCUUGCUGCUCGGUCACCGCUGUAGUUCCGAGUUCAAACCCCCCACCCUCCCUCCCCCCCCCAAAUGUAUUCUUUGUUUUCAGGCUGUCUAAGCCUGCUAUCCCUUUUUGUUUUGGCAGGUUUAAGCCUGCCUACUAUUUUCUUAGGUCUCUAGUUGGUUGCUAUGCCAACGUUUAAUUUCAGAUCUAAGUCUAACUAGACCCCCUUUAGAGAUCCUAACUACCUUCCAAAUUGUCCCAGUAUUAGCUCAUGUAAUUAAUUACAUUAAGAAAAUUUUAGUAGUUAUUAAUUUUUAAGGAAAUUUAUGAGUAUUACUUCUAUUUUAUACUUCUUCAGAUUCAAUUUAAUUGCUUUAAUUUGAUUUUUGUAUAAAGUUUAACAAGACAG